GCUUCACCCGGCGGCGCGUGCGGUUCGAACGGCGGCGGCGGGCGGGAUGGCGGGCGCGGGGCGCCUGCUCCGGCAGUGCCCGCUGCUGCUGCCUCAGAACCGCCACGGGACGGCCUACGAGGGCUUCGUCACCGCGCAGGGUAGAGACUUUCAUAUCAGGAUACUGUUACCGAUAGAUUUUCAACUGAAAAAUGCAAGGAUAGAGUGUAGCUGGCACCUAAAGAAGACUCUGCAUGCGUAUCGGCAUAUUUUAAAGCAGAGGCUGCACAGCUGCCCAGAUCUUGUCAGUUUUAUGGUGGAGCUGAAAACUAUUUUGGAAAUUGCUUUAAGGAAUACACAAGACCUGCAUAUACCACGACCACCAGAAUACUAUUCCUGUCUUGUCAGAGAUCUAGAAAUACUGGGUUGGAAUAACGUCGCAUAUGUGGAUACUGGUCUUACCACAAUCAAGCUAAAAGCUGAAGACUCUUGUGGUCGACAGCAUCUCAUCACUCUGAAGUUAAAUGCAAAGUAUCCAACAGAACCACCAGAUUGCCUUGUGGAUUUUCCUGUUCAGUUUGCUGUUUCUUGGAUGCCACAGAACUCCUUAACGGACAUUUAUAAUCAGUUCCUGGCAGCAUUAGAAUCGCUGAAAGAAUUCUGGGAUGCCAUGGAUGAAAUUGAUAGGAAGACAUGGGUGCUUGAGCCGGAAAAUCCCACACGGAGUGCUACAACAAGAAGAAUUGCAAUAGGCAACAAUGUCUCAGUGAACGUAGAGGUGGAUCCUCGGCAUCCAAACAUGCUUCCUGAGUGUUAUUUUCUUGGAGCAGACCAUGUGGUUAACCCUUUGAGAAUUAAGCUGAACAACAACAUGCACUCAUGGGAUCCAGAAAUUGGUUUAUUACAAAACUUGAAAGACCUCUUAGAAAUUGAUUUUCCAUCUUGUUCUGUGUUAGAAAAAAGUGAUUUUGCUAAGGACUGUGGGAUCUGCUAUGCCUAUCGCCUCAACGGCGCUACUCCAGAUCAAGUGUGUGAUGAUCCGCGCUGUGGACAACCUUUUCACCAGGCUUGUCUCUAUGAGUGGCUACAAAGUCUUCCUUCCAGCAGACAAAGUUUUAAUGUCAUCUUUGGUGAAUGUCCGUAUUGUAAUAAGCCACUGACGCUGAAAUCUUCACUGAAGAAACUCUGAGAAAAAUCUGUGUGAUGGGGACACUGCUGCACUUUGACUGAAGACAUGGAAACAGGGACAUCAAAGAAAAUACAAGGAAAGUAAUAUUAGAAGCAGAAGUACAAGUAUAGCUAUACUGUAGGGGUAUGUUUUGUCAGUAAACGCAAGCUGAAAUAUAAUAGAUAGAGAAGGCCUAGUCAUGUCAGAAUCAGUUUCUUGCAGUGAUGCUGAAUGGUCUGUGGUUAAGAGUUGAUCAUGUUUCUUUUUGCGUUCUGAGAGUAUCACUUGGGGGUUGAAUGGUGGUAAUUCUCUUGCAGUGUCUUUCUGCAGGAAAAAACAAUAGUAAUAAUAAACUUAGUAUUAAAUAAGUGAGAUAUUAGUAAGACAGACAAAGAUGUCAUCUACGUAUUAAGUUAUCCUAGAGAAAGCAAUGCAAUUCUUGCAAAGUCUGAACUCAGAAUUUGCAAGUAUAUUGUAUAUUAAGUGUAACACUAGGUAUGAUUACGCCUUCUAAAGAGAUAUAGACUGUAUUUAUUACUGCAGUCAACAACUGAAAUUCUGUAACUCGCUUGUAAGUCCUUAUAGUAUUAUAUAGUCCUAUAUAAGUCCUUAAAGUGUGUGUUCUAAUAAAGUUUUAGCCUGGAGAACCCAGACAUUACUCUGAA